CCGCGCGCCCCAAAAUACCACCCCGCAAUUGCCUGUGAACACGAGCUCAACUUCAAUAUUCAUCCAUUGAUUAUCUCUCACUUGAGACUAGGUUUCAGAUAUACUUUGACUGCUACUAGUAUCAUUCUGGACGUUUCAUCCAUAAAGUAUCAUAUCCACUGACAUUACCGCGCAAUCACAUGGUUGGCACCCAACGGGCUAUCCAUUCGCCAUGUCCAAAAAGGCCCGCCAGAGAAUCAGCUAUGUCCUCGAACACCCCAACUCCUCUCCUGGCGGCCAUAGACUCGGCGUGAACGGCCUUGCCAUCGACCAGACAAACAGCAUCCUAUACUCCGGCGGCCGCGAUGGUGUCCUCUGCGCCUGGGAUCUCAACCGAGAUCUCGUUGCCCCCCAGACCUCCCACUCCGCCAUGAUCGACGAGACGAUGAGCGCCAGCACAUCCAAACGGGCAACCACAUUUCGAGCACAAUCACAAGCGCAUACCCACUGGGUCAACGACAUUACGCUCGCCGAGAAGCAUACAGCCGUUGUAUCAGGCUCCUCGGAUCUGUUUGUCAAGCUAUGGCGUCCACUAGCCGAAACACCGGCCGACCCGGUGACCAUCGGCCAGCAUGCCGAUUAUGUCAAAUGCGUCGCGACACCAACAGCAGACACAAACUGGGUAGCCUCGGGCGGCCUCGACCGCAAGAUCAACUUUUGGGACCUGGCAGGAGGCGGAAACAUCCUCGAGAUUGACGCCCGAGGUGAAGAGGUGGCUGAGAAGGGCAGCAUCUAUGCCAUGGGGGUAACACACAACGUUGUCGCCAACGGCGGACCCGAGUCGACAGUACGGUUGUGGGAUCCAAAAACUGGUAAACGUAUCACCAAGUUUGUUGGUCAUACGGACAUGAUCAGGUCGAUUCUGAUCAGCGAGAAUGGGGACUUGAUCAUGUCUGCUAGUUCUGAUCAGACGGUCAAGGUGUGGAGCGUCACGGCGGGAAGGUGUAUGCAUACACUUACCAUGCAUGACAGCAGUGUUUGGGCGCUGUUCUCGGAUGACCCUUCGCUGCACACCUUUUACAGCGCUGACAGGUCGGGGUUGGUGGUCAAGACGGAUGUCAGGGGUACGAAUGGGGAGUUUGACAACGGGCUAUCGCUAGCUGUCGCUCAAGAAAACGAUGGCGUCACGAGAGUAGUGGCCUGGGGAGACAGCAUCUGGACAUCAACCAGCAGGGCAUCGAUCAACAGAUGGAAGAAUGUGGACUCGAGUGAUCAUACGCAACUGCCAGAGGCGUUCAGGGCACAUCGGGCAUCGUUGGCCACGAUUAGGAGUCGGGACGGAUCUUUGUCGUCGACUAUGGUGCCGCCUGCGUCUGGAGCCGAAUCCCCGUACAAGCCCCGGCAUAAGCGAAACAUUUCGGAGAAGUCCAUUUUGAGAAUCUCGAACACGGCUCCUCUUCCCUUUACGUUGGGUAGCGGUAACGUGGAUGAGAAUUCGGUCAGUCCAGGCUCACAGGUCCCGGAGCCGGCGUUCAACAUGGUGGAGCUCCCUGAGCCAAUACAGCAUGAACCAGAGGAGACCAUAGCGGGCCAGUUUGGGCUGGUGAAGCACAGGUUGUUGAAUGAUCGGAGACGAGUGCUGACCCUGGAUACUGCUGGUGAGGUCUUGUUGUGGGAUUUGAUUCAGUGCCGACCGAUUCAAGAGUUUGGAAAGCAUCACCUUGAGACCAUCGUGCCACAGGUUAACACUAAGGAGGCCGUGGCGCCGUGGUGCUCGAUUGACACCAGCUCGGGCAAUCUUGCUGUUGUGUUGGAACCUUACAAUUGCUUUGAUGCAGAGAUGUACGCUGAUGAGUUGAGCUCUGUGGAAAAUACGGAGUUUAGAGAAGACCAGAGGAUCAACCUUGGGAAAUGGGUCCUCAGAUAUCUCUUUGCCAACCUCAUCGACGAAGAAAUCCGCCGUGACGAGGCCUUCAGACACAAGCUCAACGAAGAGGUGCUCAAAAAGACGGCAGGCGGCGGUAGGAUGCUGCCUCCACUGGCGAUUAGUAUUCCAGGACCAGCUGGAUGGCAGUUUUCUGAACCCUCAUCGUCAGCUACACCGAAGGCUGCUGGCAUGAACUACCCACCCAUGACUCCUGGGAUGGCCAUCGGUCUUGCUACCCCCGGUUCACCAAUGGCUCCUUUCCUGGAUGGAGGCUUCACCACACCACUCAGCCCACUUGAGAAGAGAACUUCCCAAGUCAGCAGACCCUCACAAGAACGCGAAGACUAUUUCGCCGAUGCGAUACAAACGCCGGGAUUAGAUCAGAGCAACAGACUAGCUCAAACUCCCGCGGCCGAGGUGCCCCCGACCCCCGGCCCUGAGCAACCAGCCAAGACACCAGGUGCUACUGAAACCAAUGGCAAAGAGAAGGAGAAGGAUGCCAAGGACAAGGAAAAGGACGGUGGGAAGACUCCCAGCACGCCGUUUGGUGGAAUGAAGAAGUUUCGAAUGGGCGGGUUCAGCAUGAAGCUGGGUCGCUCGGCAUCUACACCCCAAGCAGAGAAACCUGCCGCCUUGGACGAGAAGGCCGAGGAGUCAGAGUCGAAUGGCAGCCAACACGAAAGGGAAUUUGACGACAACCUUGGCGGCGUCGUUCAGAAGAUUAAAGCGGAAUACGAAGAAGAGCUUGUUGACAACCCAGGCCAGAUUGUCGAAACGAAAAUAACGCCCUCUUUACCGAAUGAUACUCCGGUUCUUAAACUCCCACCUGGGACAAAAGUCAUUAUACAGGAAGAAACUUCUGGCGGCUCGGCGGAAGUUUAUCGUGGGACGGUGGGGAGUGUGGGUACUGAUGCGGAUGAGAUUGAACAGAAGGGACCGAAGUGGCUUGGGGAGUGUUUGCUGCAGAAUGUUCUCCCAGUCAAGGACGCGGUGAAGGUCAGCUUUGUGCUGUUUCCGUACAAAGGGGAGCUGCCUGAGCUGGUGGCGGCGCCGGAUGGGAAUAAUAGGCUCAAUGCGAAUAGGAUGCUGAGGGUGAAGAAGAUUUUGGGGUAUGUGGCUGAGAGGAUUGAUCGGGAGUGGAAGGAGGAGGUGGAGAGGGUGGAACGGGAGGGAGGAGAGGUUGGGGAGGGGGUGAUGAGGCCGGAGGAGUAUUUGGAGUUGUGGUGUAACGAACAGAUGUUACCGAAUAAGAUGACGCUUGCGACGCUGAGGACGCAUGUUUGGAGGGGGGGGAGUGAUAUUGUUCUUCAUUAUAGGGCGAAUGGGAGGAAGGAGAUUAAGUUGACGGAGCAGGUGGAGGAGGUGGUGAAGGAGGAGGAGCAGGCGGGGAAGAAGAGUGAGGAGGUUGGGACGCCUGGUGUUUAAUGGUGUUUGAUGGUGUGGGGGUGUUUAUGGGAGUUGAAGGAAGGUAGAGUUUGUAUAUGGUUGGUUGGGUGGGUUGGCUUUUGCAGGGCCGGCGAAUGGUAAUUAUUGGUGAUUUUUUUAGCGUAGUAAAUGUACAUAUUAUAUACAGGCGCUCAGUUUGAUCGCACAACACAACUAGGGGUAUCAAGAUCUAUGUGCAUGGUGUUGUUUCGUCUAUCAUGUUCCCGUCCCUCCAUUAUUUUUACUGUCCUUAUUUUCCCACCUCUAUAAGACACUCUCUUCCCCCCUCUUCUUCUCUCC